CAAAUCCGGCGGCCAGCGACCGUAUCGGCAAAGGCGAAAACUUUGAUCCCCUCCGUAGGCAACCCUUUUUCCCCAUCACAGCUCGGUGUUUUCUUCCUCAGGAGAAGUUUGUCGGUGUUCUUGAACUAUAGCUCAUUAGUUAAACCAGUGACGGUACAUGUGAUUGAUUAUGGGGGUAAAAGUGGAUGAUAAUGUAAUGGUGAUUGAUGUUGAAUUUGAUGGUCUUCAUCCUGUGGUUAGUGUCGAUGCUCCAGAGUCAUUUCGCCAUAGAUUGAGCUAUUCCCGUGCAGUAAAACUAGGGAAUAAAGUCUCAUUUCAGCUGCUACUUAGAAUUUAUGAUGAUGGUGAAGAUGGGGAUGGUGAAAACUGCGGUGGAUGUAAUGUGGGCUGUGAUGAAGUGAAGGAGGAAUAUCAUGAGAUUUCCGGUGAUGAUGAUGAAGAUGAUUGUGUUAAAGGGCAUGCUUGCAGACCAACGAAACCACCAGAUAAAAGGUACGAUGAGGAAGCCUCUCCUGGUAACGGUCCUGGUUCGAGAAAAGAUGAACGUGGUGAUGAUUCUUUUGACUGUAAAGAUUUUGAAAAAGGUUCUUAUGGAAAGCUUGAAGAAGAAGAAGAAGAGUGUGAAAAACCUCGCCCUCCUAAGUGUGAAUCUGGUUUUGACGAUAUGAAGGUGCCUACCAAUGAUAAUCCUCGGAGUUCAAAUUCGGGUCCAGGAGAUAAUCCGGAGAAGAAGCCUGAUGAGGAUUGCUUUGAGGGAAAUAAGACACUUGGGGAAGAUGAAAAUUAUGUCCCUGAAGAAUGUCAGACUCCUGAGUACUGUAAUGGCACUACCUUUCAACAAGAGGAAAAAAGAACCAAUGAUCAUCAGUUUGAUUGCCGUGGAAGUUUUUCUUUCGAUGAGGAACAAUAUGCUGAGUUUGUAUCCGACUUCCGUCCCCCUCAAAGCAGCAAUCCAUCUCAUCCAGCUACAACUAAGUACGCUAGCCAUGUUGUUCAGGACAGUAUAGUUGACGAGCGAGAGAAAAUGAAGAAGACCGAUGAAUACAAACGUGCAGUUGAAGCAGAAUGGGCAGCAAGGCAGCAGGAAAUUCAAAAUCAGGCAGAAGAGGCACAAAGAUUGCGUAAGAAAAGAAAGCUUGAGAUCAGUGAGGCAAUAAAGAAGGCACAAGAGGCAGAGAGACAGCUAAAGAGGAAGAAGGAAGCUGAGUUGCGUGCUUCAGAGAUUAAGACGAGGCAGGAACAGCGAGUAAAAGAAAUGAGGGAGGCAAAGAAGAAGGAUGAGCUAGAUGGGAAGGCGAAAGAGAGAUAUCGUGCUGAAAUUAAAAGGAAAAUUUCUCUGCUGCAAGUUCAAUGCAGAGACUUGCCAUCACUGCUACGCAAUUUGGGGUUCAGAAUUAAUGGUGGCGCCACUCCUUCUCCAGAAGAGUUGCCCAGACCAAAAUGCAUAGGGUUCCUACUGAUAUCAGUGUAAAUGGUGAUUUUUUCCCCUCCAGGUGCGUAAGGCUUGUAGAGAAGCUUUGCUGAAGUACCAUCCUGAUCGAUGGCCGAAAACUGACAUUCGUCAGCAGGUUGAGGCCGAGGAAAUGAUCAAACUUAUUAAUCUGAUGAGAGGAUAGUUCUUCUCUUCAGUCUUCACUACUGAUGUCAGAGAACUAGUUGUAACAUAACCAAAUACUUACAAACUGGUCUUUCCAAUCUAUCUUUGUAAGCCUCUGUUAGUUUAUAACCUGAUUCAAUCUGACUAAGGAUAGAAGAAAUGGUAAUAGAGGGAGCGAUCAUCUUGUUACAAGCAAACGUAGCUCGGUUAAUAGUUUUGUCGAGCUUGUAAAUUAGUGAUUAUUUUGUUACUGGUUUAUUAAACCCUCAAUAUAAUCUCACCUUAUAUUUGA